ACUCUGUCUCAAAAAAAAAAAAAAAGGAACAGACUUUCGAGAAAAAAUGUGCAAGAGGUUUGUUAUUCAUGCUGUCUUUAUGUCUUUCUUUAAUACGUUUGUUUUAUAAACAUUUACUCCUCAGCCCUGUGCUAGGUACCUGGGAUGCUAAAGUUACUCAGCCUUUGCCUCCUCUCAAAGAGCUCUUAUUAUAGUGAAGGAAGAUAAAAAGUACUGGGACAAAAUAUUGUAGUAGAAAGAGAUGAGCUAUGCUUGAGAAGUGUGGGUGGUUGGGGAAGACUUCACAAAGGCUGAUUUGAGCUGAUUUUCAGGGUAAGUUGAGGAAGGAAGAACUUCCCAGGUUGAAGGCAGAAAAAGCACAAAAGCUUGGGACUUGCUAAAACAUGCUGUCUUGGGAAAUGCCAAAUAGUUUAGGUGUCUGGAGUGUACUGUGUCUAGGAAGGUAGUAAGAGAUGAGAUUGGGAAUGUUUUGCGGUCACCCCCUUUUAGAUGCAGAGAGGAGGCUGGCCAUGGGCUACUUGAAAUCAUUUUGGGAACACAGUCCAGAGCUUCAAGGACUUACGUUAAAUACGGCCAACUCUGCAUGAUCCAUCUUGUGAAUUAUCAGAAGUCUUGCUGAACAUUACUUCCCCUUGACCACCAUAGGAAUGUAUUCUUAAAAACUCAUUGAAGAUCAGUCCAAAGAAAUCAUAAUCAUGAGAGUAAAUGUGCUGGAACAACUCGGAGUGGCUCCUCUUUUUUCCACAAGCUUGUAGGGCAAAAUAAGACCAACAGCUGCCUCAGGACAAGUGGUGAUCAUUUUUGGCUGGUACCACAUAACCAGUGGGUUGGUUUAAAAAAAUUUGUACUGACCUACACAUUUGGAUAUGAGAGCUGUAUGUUGAUGGGAUUCACUUAUAUAAUGCACUCUCUAUAUCACAGUGAAAUAAAUAUCUGCUUCAUUGUUAGUGCAGAUGAUGUGAAAUGUGAGCACAGUGCUUUGAUUUUAUAAUGUUUAAUGUUUUCUGAUUAUAAAGUAAUAAAACAUUGUGGAUAAUAGUUACACACACAAUGAAUACAAGGAAAAACAAAAUCAUCUACCACUACUAAGAAACUAAGAAAAUCACUAUUAACAUUUUGGUGCACUUAUUUUGUUUUUUUCUUACAGCUAAAGUUUAUUAAAAUGAAUUUUUAAAAAUAUAACAUUUAAUUGAGUCCAACACCUCCAUUAAGCAUUCCUCUAUGACAAUACUUUUCUCAUUAUACUGUCAUUACUUGCUUAUACUUCUUUAAUACUCCUAGACUAGAUUGUAAAAGUUGUGAGGAUGGGAAAGGUAUGUUAUUCAUACAGUUACCUAAUUUUGGCACAGGAACCCAAAACUGAGAUUCAAGUUCUGGUACACUGACUUUGCAAGGUCCAAGAAUCCAGGUGUUUGUCUUUUAAUCUCUACCACCAGCACCUGGCCCAGAAUCUGGUAGGUGGUGUAAACUCAGUGAAUAUUGGUGGCUUGAAUAAAGGAAUGAAUGAACGGAUGGAUGGAUGGAUGGAUGGAUGAAUAUGGGUUUUUCUUUAUUCUUCUUUACCCAAAAUUCAUUAACUCACCGUCAAGUGCCAGGUCUGGCUAGGCAACAGAAAUAUAUCUAGCCAUAUGUGAUACGAAACCCACCCCCUCAGAGGCAUCCUUGUGAAGGUAUUGACCUCCUCUGACGUGGGAUAGGGUUCCUAUGAGUACAGAGCCCAAUCAGCCCCCUUUGGCUGGUCCUCAUGGCUUGUCUUGGAGGGGACCCAAGCCCCUCCAGGCUCUCUUUGACAAAAGACAGAGCAAAGACCGCUAUUCCAUGGAGUAUAUUCCUGUACUCCUCAAAGUGCUCCAGAAAUCCCUAGCCUUGGGCCUGUAUUACCCAGAGCGCUCCUCAAUUCCCUCCGCGAUUCCAACUUGUCCCUGGUCAGUGGUGGGCAUGCUGUGGAGAGGGUACCUCAAUGGAGAAAGACUACAGAAGAGAGGGGCGCCACUGCUCCCUCAGAUGAGAGCAGCCCUUGACAAACCUUCCACCACUCCAGCCAGCUGGCACAACUGGAAAUCCCAGAUAAGCCCCAGUUCUGGUCAGAACUGGUUUGGCAGCUCUAGGGGAAAUUUUCUGUCUGACUGACCCUUCCCACAGCGGGAGCUGGCCGUUUUGCAAAACAAAACAAACAAACAAAAAGAAAGAAAGCAAAGAAAAGGCAGGACCAAACUAAGGCGCUGGGAAAGGCGGGGGGCGGGGGGUGGGGGGCGUACGAGGCGGGGGAUGCGGGUAGGGUGGCUAAAUUUAAAACACUCCAAACUUCUGCUGGCUUCCAAGUUUACACUUUGAGAUUCAAACAAGAUUGCCCCCACCCCUAUCCCGCAUUCAUUCUCUCAUACACUUCUCUCCUUGGCAAUGCAGUUUUGUUGCAAUGCAAUUUGGCAGCGCGAUUGUUGAAGCAAUAUAAUCCUGCCCGCAGCGCACCUUUUAAUCAAUACAUUUUUUUCCUGCAAUGCUCUUGUUAUUAUUUUUAUUGCAACUGAAUCUCUGAGCCCUUUUCCCUCCCCAUUCGAAUCGCGCUCCGGCUGUGAUUGCUCGGGUCUGACUUUGCAAGUGGCAGUGCGCUUCCAAACCCCCCUCAUCCGCCCCUCGUCCCCCUUUCCCCCCCUCCCUCCCUUUUCCGCGCCCAGGCGAGAGCAGCCGAUUGGCAGAACGGUGCUUUCAGGAACAAUAACAGUGGGGGGAGCCUGGGUCCUGGGGAGCCGCCCCCGCCCCCCCAGCACCGCAGCGAGGCUCGCGCCCCCCGCGGGAUCCCCACCUCCGCGCCCGCCCCUCGGGCUGAGCGGCCCGACCGGGGCCCGCCCCCGGCGCCCACCAUGUACGCCUUUGUGCGGUUCCUGGAGGACAACGUCUGCUACGCGCUGCCCGUGUCGUGCGUGCGCGACUUCAGCCCCCGCUCGCGGCUGGAUUUUGACAACCAGAAGGUGUACGCCGUGUACCGGGGCCCGGAGGAACUGGGCGCCGGGCCCGAGAGCCCCCCGCGCGCCCCCCGCGACUGGGGCGCGCUGUUGCUCCACAAGGCCCAGAUCCUGGCGCUGGCAGAAGACAAAUCUGACCUUGAAAACAGUGUGAUGCAGAAGAAAAUAAAAAUCCCCAAGCUUUCUCUUAAUCAUGUAGAAGAAGAUGGAGAGGUUAAAGAUUAUGGGGAAGAAGAUUUACAGCUUAGACACAUCAAGAGACCUGAGGGGCGGAAGCCGAGCGAAGUGGCGCACAAGAGCAUCGAGGCCGUGGUGGCUCGGCUAGAGAAGCAGAACGGCCUGAGCCUGGGCCAUAGCACGUGUCCGGAAGAGGUCUUCGUGGAGGCCUCUCCAGGCACAGAGGACAUGGACAGUCUAGAAGAUGCUGUGGUGCCCCGGGCUCUGUAUGAGGAGCUGCUGCGCAAUUACCAGCAGCAGCAGGAAGAGAUGCGCCACCUCCAGCAGGAGCUGGAGCGGACUCGCAGGCAGCUGGUACAACAGGCCAAGAAGCUCAAGGAGUACGGGGCACUUGUGUCUGAAAUGAAGGAGCUCCGUGACCUCAACCGGAGGCUCCAGGACGUGCUGCUCCUGCGGCUUGGCAGCGGUCCCGCCAUUGAUCUGGAAAAAGUAAAGUCAGAAUGUCUCGAGCCCGAGCCGGAGUUACGGAGCACUUUCAGUGAGGAAGCAAAUACGUCGUCCUAUUACCCCGCUCCUGCGCCUGUCAUGGACAAGUAUAUCCUAGACAAUGGCAAGGUCCAUCUGGGAAGCGGGAUUUGGGUUGAUGAGGAGAAAUGGCACCAGCUACAAGUAACCCAAGGAGAUUCCAAGUACACGAAGAACUUGGCAGUUAUGAUUUGGGGAACAGAUGUUCUGAAAAACAGAAGCGUCACAGGAGUCGCCACAAAAAAAAAGAAAGAUGCAGUCCCUAAACCACCCCUCUCGCCUCACAAACUAAGCAUCGUCAGAGAGUGUUUGUAUGACAGAAUAGCACAAGAAACUGUGGAUGAAACUGAAAUUGCACAGAGACUCUCCAAAGUCAACAAGUACAUCUGUGAAAAAAUCAUGGAUAUCAAUAAAUCCUGUAAAAAUGAAGAACGAAGGGAAGCAAAAUACAAUUUGCAAUAAACUUUGGAUUUUUCAUAAAGCUUUUGUGUUUUCCUUGUGUGGCAUGUGAUUUGCGAGCGAUGGUGCCGUCCAAAUCAGACCCCACCAUGCAUGGUGGUGUGUGGGCACGAAUCCACCGGGUUCUGGGGUCGGCGGCUUGUUCUGAGUGUGGACACUCCAAAGAAGACAGAUGGCUUUGCUGAGACUCAGGAGCAGCCUGGCACUGGUGUCCUUCUGGGAAUGGGGGAAAUACUGUUCUUGGAGGGGGAUAAGGUUGCCUGAGUUGCCUGUCACUUGACUGGGAUUUGAAUGGAUAUUUUUACCAUCCAAGGACUUCUCUGUUCCUCUAUUUUGUUCUAUAAUAAAGUUUCAUUAAUUCUUUGAA